GUUUGAACUGUUCUUUCAUCCCGCCUUUCCCACACCACACUCAACCCCCCUCUCUUCUUUAUCUAUAAACGAUAAAAAGCUUAUUUAUAUAUUUACACACACUCACACAGUGGUCACCUCACUCACUCCACCCACUCCCCCCUGCAAAAGCAUUUACUUUUUUACAUUGAUCUCCAUCGCCGUUGAAAAACCCUAGCUCGUUCUCCGAGGAGGAGGAGGGCGACGACUGACCGGAGCCGGAACCGGAAAUCGUUUAAUCGUCGCGAGCUGCAUUCGAAUUUGAAUGGUUUGAAGAUUUUGAGAGCAGAGUUGGACUCGAAGCCCUGAUGUUAUGGAUCUUUUAAACUUAUGUAGACAAUGCAGCAACGUAAAUGCCGUGCAAAUUUGAGUAAGGAAAAUAAACACUCCAAACUGGGAGAAUCCACAAUGAGAAUUACUCGCGCACGGGCUAAGGAACUUAUCCAAUCUGGAGGACUGCCACCACUUCACCCAUCCUCCAAACAGGAUGAGAGACAGGUCCUUCGUCCCACCUCCAAGAGAGCUGCAUCAGAGGAAAAUGAAGCUGCUAAUAACAGUGUUGCUGGUCGUCAACGUAAAAAAAGAGCUGUUCUCGGGGAUGUUACCAAUAUAAUUUGCAAAACUUCAUACACAAAUUGUAUUGAUGUGCCCAAAGUUCAGGUUGCCAAACCUGCUAAACAGGAUAAAAAGGGCUCCGCGAGAAGAAAGGAGAAGGUAGUGCCUGCUGUUAUUGGGAAAAAACCUAAUGACAAAGAGGAGAAAGGCAUGAAUAAUGUGGCAUUUGUAAAAUCAAAGGAAGAUCUUCACACCUUUGAAAACCCCAAAGUUCAUAAGCUCAGAGAAACAGUUAACACAAAAGAAUGUGGUGAAGAGACUCUCAUGCCUAUGAAGCAGAAAAGCAAGUAUGUUGGACUCCGGAGGCAUCAACAAGAAGGAAGCAAGUCUUGCCAGGAAGAAGGUUCUGAUGAUUACAGCUUUAUCGACAUCGACGGAAAGACUAAGGAUCCAUUGAUGUGUGGCCUCUAUGCUCCUGAUAUUUAUAGAACUAUGAGUGCAAUUGAGCUUGGACGACGGCCUUCAGCCGAUUACAUGGUAAAACUGCAGAAGGAUAUAACUCACUCCAUGCGAAGCAUCUUGAUUGACUGGCUUGUAGAGGUCUCUGAAGAAUAUAGGCUCGUCCCUGACACGCUUUAUCUGACUGUUAAUCUCAUUGAUCGCUUCCUUGCUGGAAAUUACCUGGAGAAACAAAAGCUUCAACUGCUUGGAGUUACCUGCAUGCUCAUUGCUUCAAAGUAUGAAGAAAUUUGUGCUCCUCGUGUGGAAGAGUUCUGCUUCAUAACUGACAACACCUAUGCAAAAGAUGAGGUAGUGGUGAUGGAAAAUAAAGUUCUAAACUAUUUGGAGUUUCAGUUGUCUGUUCCUACCACAAAGAAGUUCCUCAGGAGGUUUAUCCAAGCAGCACAAGCUUCCUACAAGGUUCCUUCAGUUCAACUGGAAUUUCUAGCCAAUUAUCUAGCUGAAUUAACUCUUCUCGAGUACAGUUUCGUGAAAUACCUUCCAUCAAUUGUUGCUGCAUCUGCAGUGUUCUUGGCUCGAUGGACACUUGAUCAGUCUGAUCAUCCGUGGACUCCAACUCUUGAACAUUAUACAAGUUAUAAGUCACACCAGCUGGAAACAACAGUUCUUGAAUUAAGAGAUCUACAACUAAACACUGCUGGCUGUCGACUUAAUGCCAUACGUGAGAAGUAUAGACACUCAAAGUUCCACAGUGUGGCAACUCUUUCUUCUCCCAACCUCGGUCAAGAGCUGUUCAUACAGGAGCCUCUUGAUCAAUAGACAGUAUUUAUUGCUCAUGGUACCCGCAUUCUGCUAAUUUCAGUCUGCUUUUAUCUAAUCUUCUCGACGAACCAGCUCUACCAACCCUUGGAAGAAGCUUCAUUCUUUAUUUAAUCCCUGUUGCAAAGGAUCACCCUUGUUGUAAGUUUGUAACCUUAAAAAAUCAUUCCCCCUCUUUCAGACUUCUCUUGUAGCGUGAAAAUGUAAAGAUUAGACUGAUUUUGAGGCAGUCAUUCUGAAAGUGUCGUGACCUGUCCGUCACCACCUGUGUAUGAAAGAAAUUUAACAGCAGCAGCUAACUACUCGCUGGCUUGCAAAGUUUACAUACAGCUACUGUCUAAUUUAUUUCAGAACAACCAAACUGAAUGUCAUUUUGACAUUUUAAUUUAUCUAUUUUUGUUUGGUUUGAUGAGGUACAAAUCACGGUCAUGAGUCAUUUGCAGCCAUGAAUUUGGAA